AAUAAAUAGAAGAGGAGCUUCUUGGUAACCUACUGUACUUGACUUUUUACUGUAGAAAAACAAGGGGUCUCCUUGAGACUUGAGAGCGAUGGUCAUCGACGACAAUAUUGAGCUCUAAAUUCAAAGAAAUAUGGGUAUGGUAAGCAAUCCGACGUUAUCUAUGUCUUGUUGCUAGUGUUUAUUUGUCAACGACAUCGUAAUAACACUCACCAUUCUCUCCUGCUCUCUACCAUAGCCUCUAUCGACUCCUAGCUACGCGCCUUUUACAUGUUUGUUAUAAGUUCCCAGAGAAGCCCAGAUGCGUGAAGAAUGAGAACUUACAUAAUCAAAUCUCUUUUCAAACACCCGUUUACCUUCUCUGUCACAAUCCGAUCGAAAACAACGUCAGCCCAGUACGUAGCAUCGAGAGCUAGAGAUGCUACAUUUGAGAAGCUAAUGGACAAGUAUAAAAACUUUGUCAAGGUCAUUGCCAUUCAAGAUUUGAUUCUCUCAAACCCUAACAAAACCCCUCCAUGCAUUUCACUUGAUUUCCUUUCAAAACUUUCUCAGAAGCUCCACCUUAACCGCGGCGCACCUUCGUUUCUCAGAAAGUACCCUCACAUUUUCCACAUUUUCUAUGACCCCGCGAAAUCCCAGGCUUUUUGCAGACUAACUGAUACUGCUCUUGAAAUUUCUCGCAAAGAAGAAGAAGCUGUCAAUGCCUCAUUGCCUCUUGUUGUUGACCGAUUGGUUCGGCUUUUGUUUAUGUCAACGUCCAAAUCACUGCCACUUCGUGCUGUUUUUAAAGUUUGGAGGGAGCUGGGCCUUCCUGAUGACUUUGAGGAUUCGGUGAUAGUGAAAAACCCGAACCUUUUUAGACUUUGUGAUGGAAAUGAACCCCGUACACAUGUUUUGAAGCUGGUUGGUGAAUUUCCUGAUAAUCAUUUUACGGCAGCGGUUGAAAAUUGGAGGGUUACGGAGUGUUGUAGGGAGGACUGUAGUGUUGAUAGAAUGGACAUGCGGUAUAGUUUUAAACAUGUGUAUCCGCCAGGAAUGAGGUUGAGCAAGACUUUCAGGGCGAAAGCUAAAGAAUGGCAGAGCUUGCCUUAUUUAGGACCCUAUGAGGACUUGAUGGAGAAGAAGAAGAAGACUAAGGCAGGACUUAAGGGAUUGGAGAAACGGGCAGUUGCUAUUGUGCAUGAAUUCUUGAGCUUGACAGUGGAGAAAAUGGUGGAAGUGGAGAAGAUCAGUCAUUUCAGGAAUUGUUUCGGGAUUGAUAUGAACAUAAGGGAUUUGUUCUUGGAUCAUCCAGGCAUGUUUUAUUUGUCUACUAAGGGGAAGAGACAUACUGUUUUCUUAAGAGAAGCGUAUGAGAGGGGUCGUUUGAUAGAUCCUAAUCCAGUUUAUGAUGUUAGGAGAAAGCUUCUUGAUCUUGUUUUUCUGGGGCGCCAUGAUAUGCUGACUAGUACAUCAAGGUCCGUGGAGAUUGACAAGAGCGAGGAGUCUGGAUCAGAAAAUGAGAAUGUUGACUGAAUUAACAAAUUUUCAGUUGUGUAAGCUUUUGUUUACACAUAGCAUGGUCCAGUCACAUAGAUUUGACGUUUUGUGGUGUAUAAUUGAAGAUUUCCAAAGUGGGGGGAGAUGAUCAUUUGAACAGUUUUUACUGGGCCUCUUUGUCUCCAAUCACCCAAUCCUAGUGUUAGCAAGGAUUGUCGUGCAUUAUUGAAUUAUUUAUAGCUUGCUUGCUUCUCUAACAGGCUGACAAAUUGCGCAGCGAAAUAUCAUUGAGCAGGCUCAAGCUAACCAGCUUCGAGCUAUCCAACUUGUCAUGAGUGAUGCUCUCAAACCAUUCUCCAGGAGGGCUAGGCUAACCUACUUCAAACCCACUUGUUAAAGAAAAGUUUUUAAGAUACUCAUAAACUAAAGGUGGAACCAAAAGGCUUGAACAAGAGGACUGCGGAACUUUAAGAAGGGUCCCUGGCACUAUAGGCCGCAUAAGUGAAAACAUGGCACCUGUCAUGUUUUGGGAUGGAGCUUCAUGCUGUCAAGGUUGUGCCACUGCUCUUCAACAACUUCGCUCAGAGAGCGAUGAUUUAGAGGAGCUUACAAGUUGAGAUUCUAGAGCAGUAAGCAUUUAUGCAUGUGCAAAGAUUGUGAAGGCUUAGCUUAGUUUCUGUACCCUGUUAAGUCCUGAAAGUCUGUUGAUAUAGAAGCUUCUGUUAAAUUGGGAAACAUCCAUUAAUGCAGAUGUUUCUAGUCAAGACAUCUAAGAUUUGUUGCAGAAGAAUUGGGAUGCCUUUGUUAAAUGCUCGUGUGUCUUUUGUUUAUUGUCUCGGUAUAUAAAAGAUGAAGACAAUGAAAAUAGAGAGAUGUUGAUGUUUCUCUGUAUUUAGUACUAAAACUAUAUUGAUUGAUUUAUUAAAAGCACUUGAGUUUUUCCGUUU